AUGAUCGGUUGCUUUACUUUCAGCAUCGCACACUAUCAAGAGCAAUGGAACAGAACUCACAGAGGGGGAGACCAAGGAUCUAUUCCAGCGAAAGUGAGCGCCUUCGAAUCAGACGGCAGCGGGAAUGCUCAGAGAGUGCGGCAGAGGCGCCAGCAUGAAAGCUCCGAAGAGCGCAUAUUUCGACUCCAGGGGAAUGCUCAGAGAGUGCGGCAGAGGCGCCAGGAUGAGAACCCCGAGGAGCGCGCACUUCGGCUGCAGGGAAACGCUCGAAGGGAGCAGCAGAGACGCGACUCGGAAGACGCUGCUCAACGAGUCGUUAGGAUGGAAAGAAAUGCCGAACGACAACGAAGGAGACGUGAUUUGGAAGGGGCUGAGGAGCGAGUAAACAACAGUCAGCGGCAAAGAAGAAGACGACAACUAGAAACCACUGAUGAGCGUGAGAUAAGACUGCAAAGGAACGCCCGAAUCCAGCAGAGAAGACGCACAUCUGGAAGUAUAGACGAACGAGUGGCCAGAUCGCAAGCGGAAGCCACGCGGCUAUUGAGAAGGCGUGAAUUGGAAAGUACCGAAGUUCGAGCUGCUCGGCUUCAAGAGGAUGCUGAGAGACACAGGAGGCGUCGGAGUCUUGAAAAUGAACAUGACCGGUCUGCUAGAUUACAGUCAAAUGCUUCAGCUACGCGUCGACGGCGAAGCAGACAUACUGAAUCCUCUGGAAGCGCUCUGCACAUGCGCGUAGCCGAAGCACAUUACCUAGGGGAGCUCAAUCAA